AGGAUGGCGGCCGAUGAAAGCUCAGCAGACACUCUGCGACUCCAGUUCAAAGCCAUGCAGGAACUUCAGCACAGGCGGCUACAGAAACAGAUGGAGAGAAAGAAGGAGAAAGAGCUGAGCUCUAAAGACAAUGCCAGUGAGCAGGAGGGGUUUGCAGAGAUCCCGGACAACCUCAGCCUCUUCAACACGGAGGAGCAGAGCCUGAAGGGCAUCUUUGAGAAGAGAGUGCUGGAAGAUGAAAUUCAGCAGCUUCGAAGUGAGCUCAGGGAGACAGUUGACGAGAACGGGCGGCUGUACAAGCUGCUGAAGGAGAGGGAAUUUGAGAUCAAACACCUCAAGAAGAAGAUAGAAGAGGACAGACUUGCGUUCACAGGGGCAACUGGGAUGGCUGGAGACCUAGUUGCCACCAAAAUCGUUGAACUAUCCAAAAAGAACCGGGGGCUGAUGGCAGAGUCAGAGGGCGCGAAGGCCAGGGUGAAACAGCUGACCAAUCGCAUCCAAGAGCUGGAACACGAGCUGCAGAUGGCACCAGCCAAGCCUCCGGCGAAGCGGGCCACUGACGCAGGGGCCAAGCCGCUGAGGACCCACUCAGGAGACAGAGCUUUGCUAGAGAGCCCAGAAGUGAAAGCUCUGCAGGACAGGCUGGCAGCCGCCAACCUGAAGAUGAGUGACCUGCGCAACCAGAUCCAGUGUGCGAAGCAGGAACUCCGCGUGGCCCAGAAGGUUCUGGCCAAUGAGGUUGGGGAAGACGUGAACAUCCAGCAGCUCCUGGCUUCCCCGGGGACCUGGAGGGGAAGGGCGCAACAGAUUCUAGUCUUGCAGAGCAAGGUCCGAGAGCUUGAGAAGCAGCUGGGACAGCGUGAGAACAAGACUGCAGAUGCGUCGAGCUCUGAGCUGCCUGUCAAUUUAGACCCAAGAAAGCUGACAGCACAAGAGAAAAACCUGCUGAAGAUCCGCAGCCUGGAGAGGGGCAAGCAGGAAAGCUGGGAGAAACUGGCCAGCGAGCGGGAGGCCCUCCAGGCAGAGCUGGAGAGCCUGAGGAGCAAGUGCGAGGGCAUGCGCGCACGCAACAAGGUGCUGUCCAGCGAGGUGAAGACCCUCAGGAGCCAGAUGGUGACCCUGGUGGAGAAGGGCAGGCAUGAUGAUGAGCUGAUUGAUGCCCUCAUGGACCAACUAAAGCAACUGCAGGACAUUCUGGGCAGCCUGAGUGAGCAGGAGGCAUCGAGACGCAUGUCUCAGCACCACCAGGACCAGAAGGUCAACAGUGAGGCCCAGCGGAGCAGCAGCCUGGUGGCCCAGCUGCGGGCCAUGGUGGCUGACCGUGAGGCCAAGGUGCGGCAGCUGGAGCUGGAGAUCGGUCAACUCAGUGUACAGUAUCUUCACAGUAAAGGAGGGGGUGAGGGGGCCAGCCCCACCCAUGCCAGGUUCCCUGAGGACCAGACCCCAAUAACCAACUCUCCAGCCUCGGCAGGCGAUCAUGGUGGCAGGCUCGGAUCCUCCCGCUCUGUGACCAGCCUGGGCCACACACUGGUGGAGUCUGCUCUCACGAGGCCAUCCCUGACUAGUCCCCAUGGGACCUCACCCAGGUUCUCAGACUCCCCAGAACAAAAAGGCUGGCAGGCACAAGCUGCAGAGAUGAAGGCCCUUUGGCAGGCUGCUGAGGUGGAGCGGGACCGUCUCAAUGAGUUUGUCACUGUCCUCCAGAAGCGGGUGGAAGAGAGCAGCGGCAAGCUGCUGGAGGCUGAGCGGCGGCUGCAGGAGGAGCGCCAGCGCGCGGUUCUGCUGGAACAACACCUGGAAAAGAUGCGCCUGGAGCCCUCCAGGACCUCGGUGUCCCAGAAGGCUGCAAGGAACAAACCAGGUCCACCUGCUACCAGCACUAGACACAGCUCAGCUGGGAGCGCCAAGAAAGACUCGUCCCCCACACAGCUCUCUGACAUGCCUGCGGAGUCCCAGAUAGAGGAGCUGACCGCCAGGCUGGCCAUCCAAAUGGAAGAGAAUGGAAUCCUGAGGGACGCCCUGGGCAGCGCCCUGCGUGGGAAGGAGGAGGACUUCCGCAUGUACCACCAGACCCUGGGCCAGGUGAAGGGGGUCUUCCUGCAGGCCCUGCGGAAGCAGAAAGCCAGCAAGCAGUAGACACAACGGCUGCCUCAGCUCCCGGAUGACAGAGCCCUUGGAGGACUGGCCCCACUAGUGCAGGCAGCACCCACACAGCUCCUCCUCGGUCUCCUAGCUGAGCUCAGACCUGCAGAGCAGGCAAGCUGAAGAUGCCUGGGCAAGGGUGGUGGCUGGCCUUAGCUGAAGCAUCUCCUUAAGCGGGUGCUGUUGCCCUUGUCCUAGGGCCUCUCCAGGACCUGGCCUGCUAUGGGCUUUCCACACACAGAGGAGGCCCUUGGUGCUUCCUGAUGGGCCAUCCCUCAUAACCCCUCACUUGGGCCCUAGCACCUGCUUGGC